AUGAAUAACGCACAAGCAUCUGCUAGACGUCCACCGCAACCCCCUCUCAACUUUGCUGCACUAGCAGACCCCACCUCGGUUCUCCAGGCCAGCAACAAGCUAUGUGAGAAUCUGCAGCAAUUCGGAGACAAUCUGGUAUCUACAGUCACCCCAGAAAAGGCAACAUUUGACAAUGUCCUGCAGCACGAGAAUGAGAUGCAACUUACCUCCAACCUCAUCACCGUGAUCGCUCUUGUCGCACCUGAUACGGCACUUAGAAAUUCUGCGGCCGAGGCUUCGGACAAGAUUUCGCAUUGUGUGAUGGAUUGCAAAGAGAGUAAUAUUGAUUUGUGA